AACUGCAACAGUAGAAGGCCAUUGUAUGGGUGAUCCCCACUGCACCACUUUUGAUGGUAAAUAUUACGAUUUCAUGGGGAAAUGUAUGUAUUAUUUAGUCCGUGGAAAUGGAUUUGAUGUUAUAUGCGAUAAUUACAUAUGGAACGGAGCGUAUAUUAAAGAUGUUAAAUCAACGGCACCGUCAUUUUGCGCAAAAGUUUUUAUAAUAACUCAAGGACAUAAUAUUGAAUUAGAACAAAAACUUAAUGUUGCAGUAGAUGGUCAAAAACUUGAUUGGUUACCUUACAUAACUCAAGAUUUCAGUGUUAUUCAAACGAGCAGCGAACAAAUAACUGUUUCCCUGAAAAAUUCCGUUGUGGUACUUUGGAAUGGCAACUCAUAUGUUAUUGUUCGGAUUCCUGUAACUAUGAUAGGGCAAGUAAAGGGUCUUUUGGGAACAUACACUAAAACUCAAGAUGACGAUUUCUUAAUGCCAAAUGGUAUAGUUACAAAUGAUCCAAAUAUCUUUGGAAAUUCUUGGAAAGUACCAGGUAGUUGCGAAGGUGAAUACACAGGGCCAGUGUAUCAUCCGUGUAGCAUCAAUCCAGAUAAAAAAGUCCAAGCAGAAAGUGGUUGUGCAGCACUUAAAAGUAACUUAUUCACAAAUUGUCUCGAAAAUGUAAACGAAGUUUAUGAAAACUGUUUAUACGAUAGCUGCCAAUGCACAAAUGAACAAUCCACUUGUGUUUGUGAAUUUUAUUCAUCUCAAGGAAAUAAAUGUGCGGCUAAAGGAAAAUACGUCGAUUGGCGUAAAAAUGUAACCGAAUGUUCCAUUAAGUGUCCAUCCGACCAAAGUUAUCAAGUGUGUGGAAAUUCUUGUACUCGUAGCUGUGAAGAUAUAGCAGCAAAUCCUACUUGCCAACGUCAAUGUGUCGAUGGUUGUAAUUGUCCAAAUGGUCAAACUUUAGACGGAAAUAAUCGGUGUAUCCCUAUAAGUAGCUGUCCAUGUAAGUGGGGGAACGAAAGAUAUUCUCCAGGUUUUUCAUUUAUAAAUGGCGAUGAUAAAUGGACUUGUACUGAUGCGACAUGGAUUAUCAUUACAGCUACUUCUGAGGAUAAGAGGAAACAUCCCACAACAGAUAACUUAAAAACGAUAUGUGACGCAGACAAUUUUUAUGUAUACUCUGAAUGUAAACGAGUGAAUGUUGUAACAUGCCAAAAUAAACACCUUAACAGUAAACCAAAUUAUGAUAACUGUGAAAGCGGUUGUCAAUGUAUGGAAGGUUAUGUACUUGAUACAGAAUCCAAUCAAUGCGUUAAACCAAGUGAUUGUCCGUGUUUGCACAACGGAGUUAGUUACCCUGAAAAUUUUGAACGCAAUGGAAGACAAAAAACAUGUGUUUGCAAAAAUGGUACAUGGGAUUGUAAUACACUAUCAGAGUACUGGGAAAAAUGUAGUGUUUGGAGCAAUGUUCAUGUAAGAACUUUCGACGAAUUAGUUUACUCUUUCAAAGGAAACUGUGAAUACACAUUAUUUGAAAGUUCACUCAAUGAAUCAUCUGUAUUAGUUAGGAUUACUUUAAAAACAGUGGAGUGUUCUUCUGGAUCUUGCAUUAAAAACGUUAAAAUUUAUUGUGAAGAUGUGAAUGGCAAUCAAGACCACGUUGUUUUUACAACUGGAGAAACUUUCGUGCGACCUAACCAAUUAAAUCAUUUAGUAAUAACAGAUUUAGAUCUUUCAAUAAUGGUUGAUGUCAUUAAGAUGGGCGUUAGACUUGUUUGGAAUAAAGGAGGUUGGGUACAUAUUCAUAUUUCAAGAAUUUGGACUACAAUGAAACAAGUUGGUUUAUGUGGAACAUAUGAUAAUAAUCCAAACAAUGAUUUAGAUACUCCAAAUUUUAAAAAAAGUGUUAAAGAAGCUGUGGAUUAUUAUCGACUUGAUACAACAUGUGUCGAAAGCAGUGAACUGUUGAACGUAAAUAUUUUGGUUCCUGAAAACACCUGCGAUAUUUUAUUCAGUCAAGCAUUCAAAAACUGUCGUCUUAUAAAACCAGUUGAUGAAUAUUACAGAAGAUGUCUAAUUGACGCUAACACACAAUUAUUAAAACCUGAAAAUGAAAGAACUAAUUAUUAUUGCCAAACAUUAUCUGCGUAUGCUCAAGAAUGCAAUGACAUUAAGCAACCUGUAAAUUGGAGAACGAAUCGAAUUUGUCCGUAUGGUUGUAAAACUAAUACGGUGUAUUAUCCAUGUGAAACUCCUUGCCCAAAAGACACUUGCCAAAGUAAUGUUUAUUGUCCAAAUAAAGUUUGCUCGGAAGCAUGUAAUGUCGCAUCAUGUCCACUUAACACGAUUUAUAAAGAUUCUACUUACAAGCAAUGUGUAAAAAGACGCAAAUGUGAUAGUGUUAUCAACAUUCCUACAGUGGAGGGACAUUGUGUAGGCAAUCCACAUUGUAUGACUUUCGAUGGUAAAAAAUUUGACGUUAUGGGAAAAUGUACUUAUUAUUUAGUAAGAGGUAAUGAUUUUGAUAUAAUGUGUGAUCAUUACAUAUGGAAAAAUGGAGCAUACGUUAAAGAUUAUAAAUCAAAAGCACCAUCUUAUUGUGCAAAAGUAAUAAUCCAUUCUGGAGGUAACAUCAUCGAAUUAGAACAGAAACAUAAUGUUAAAGUUAAUGGCCAUACGAUUGGUUUUCGUCCUUAUAUUAAUUCGGAAUUCCGCAUUAAUCAACCGAGUAGUGAAUUAACCACCGUUUUAUUAAAUGAUCACGUCACUGUAACAUGGAAUGGCAAAUCUCGCGUUACAGUUAGCAUUCCUACCACAAUGAUAGGAAAAGUAAAUGGAUUACUUGGUACAUUUACUAAGUCUCAAGAUGAUGAUUUCUUAAUGCCUAACGGUGUCAUAACAAAGGAUUCAACGGAAUUUGGAAAUUCCUGGAAAGUUCCUGGUAGUUGCAAACAUGAGUAUACUGGACCAGUUGAACAUCCUUGCGUAGCUAAUCCAAAUAGAAAAGCUAAAGCUGAAGAAAGCUGUGCUGCGCUAAAAAGUGAUUUAUUCAAAGGGUGUCUUGAUGGUGUAAAUAGCGUUUAUGAUGAUUGCCUUUAUGACGCUUGCCAAUGCACAGAUGAACAAAAAACUUGUGUUUGUGAAUUCUACUCCAUUCAAAGUGAUAAAUGUGCAGCAAAAGGAAUUAACGUAGAUUGGCGUAACAAAAUCGCACAAUGCGCAAUUCAAUGUCCAGCUGGCCAAACUUACCAAGUUUGUGCAAAUCCUUGUACUCGAACAUGUGAAGAUGUCUCCACCAGCCUAACAUGUAAACGGAUCUGUGUUGAUGGAUGUAGUUGUCCUGAAGGGCAGACGUUAAACAGUAUUAACCAGUGUGUUCCAAUUCAUACAUGUCCGUGUAUAUGGGAAAAUAAACGAUAUCCACCAGAUUUUACGUUUAUACAUGAUGAUAAAGUAAAGGUAUGCGAAAAUGCGAUGUGGAAUGUGACCACAGCUACCCCAGACGAUAAAAGUAUAUAUAAAACUACCGACGAACUCUACAACAAAUGUAGCCCUUACGAUAACCUUAGAUACACUGGUUGCAAACGUGUCAACCCCGUAACAUGUCGAAACAAGCAUCUUAACGAGAAACCAAAUUAUGAAAAUUGUCACAGUGGUUGUCAAUGUGUAGAGAUGUUGGUAUACGAUGCAGAAGAAAAGAAUUGUAUUUAUCCGGAAUUUUGUCCUUGUUUGUAUAAAGGAAUCAGUUUUCCAGAUAAAACGGAACGACAUGAGAGAAAUCAAAAAUGUACUUGUCGAGGUGAAUAUUGGACUUGCUCCCCAGAUGCCGACCACUGGGAGAAAUGUUCCGUUUGGAAUAACAUACACGUCAGAACUUUUGACGAACUAAUUUAUUCCUUUAAAGGAAUUUGUGAGUACAAGUUAUUAGAGCACUCAUCUUUAACUUAUGGAGUAUUAAGGGUCACACUUACGACUGCGCAGUGUAAUGUUGGAUCGUGUAUUAAAAGUGUCAAAGUUUAUAUUCGUGAUUCAAAAGACAACGAAGAUAAUGUCAUCUUGGUAACUGGCGAAGAAUUUAUACCGCCAAAUAAAUUAAAGAAUUUAGUUAUAACAAAUAUGGAACUUUCGAUUAUGGUUGAUGUAAUUGGAAUGGGUGUUAGAGUUGUAUGGAAUAGAAGUGGUUGGGUUCAUAUUCAUGUUUCGAGAUCUUGGACAGCACGGAAUCAUCUCGGUUUAUGUGGUAAAUACGAUGAUAAUCCAAAAAAUGAUCUCGACACUCCAGCAAGCGUUAAUGAUGUUGCUGAACUCGUAGAUUAUUACCGUGUUGAUAAAACAUGCCCAAGAAGUUCCGAAAUUGAGAAAGCAAUCAUGAUAGACAAAUUCUGCGAUAUCUUAUACAGCGAAAAAUUUGAAACAUGUCGAUUACUAACACCUGUUGAAGAAUAUUAUAACAGAUGUUUAAUAAACGCAAAUUUACAACUUUCAUUACCCGAAAAUCAACGAACUAAUUAUUAUUGUCAAACAUUGUCUGCUUACGCUCAAGAAUGUAACGACGUUGGCCAACCUGUUAAUUGGAGAACAAACACAAUUUGUCCUUAUCAAUGUCACAACGAUAAUGCUUAUUACUCUUGUGAUACACCGUGUCCAAUAGAAACUUGUCAGAAAAGUGUUAAAUGUACAGAUAAAGUAUGUGCAGAAGCUUGUAACUCAAAACGAUGUCCGCCAAGCCUGAUUUAUAAAGAUUCCACAUACAAAGAAUGCAUAUCAAAAAAUGAAUGUCAAGGAAGAGAUUGUCUCAGCGGGUGUAGUUGUCAUGCACCUAACAACAACGGAUCGUAUAAUAUCGAUCUGUACGCUGGAUGUAAAGACGGAAAAUGUUCAUGGUCUCAAUUAAUUUUUAAUAUUUACUUAAAUAAAUAAUUCUUAAUUCUAAA